AUGCUCAAGCGAAAGAACGAAGAGGUCAAUGCUGUGGACCAGUCAAACUCUGGGAUCAAGAGAGUCGCGCUGGACGCUGAAGUUGUUGAGGCACAGGAUGAAGACGGUGCACAAGAUCAUGAUAUGAUCAAAACAGAAGACAAUCAAGAGAAUAACGAUAUCAACUCCGCUAUUGCUGCUGCUGUUGGAGGCGAGUCAUCCGAAGGUUCAAGGGCCAUUUCUAGUCAUAAAGUUCAUCAAGAUGGUGAUCCUACUUAUGUUCAUUUUAGAAUGUUGUGUCAAGUUAAAGAAGCCGCAUUAGUUGUAGGAAAAGGUGGUGAAAAGAUUAGUCAUAUUAAAGAAGUAUCAGGAACUAGAAUAAACGUUAGUGAGAAUAUUCGUGGUGUUACUGAACGUGUUAUCCAUGUUAGAGGUCCUGCAGAGAAUGUUGCUAAAGCUUUUGGUUUAAUGACAAGAGCUAUAUUAGAUGAAGAGGAAAACGUUCCAUCAACUGUUGAUUCACAUCAUUUUGCAUUACAAUUACUCAUACCACAUCAAGUUAUUGGUUAUGUUAUUGGUAAACAAGGUGGUAAAUUCAAAGAAAUUGAAGAAAAUUCAGCAGCUAAAUUGAAUGCAAGUAGUCAUUCAAUGCCAUUUUCUACAGAUCGUUGUCUAACAAUAGCAGGUGUAGCUGAUUCUAUUCAUAUUGCAACUUAUUAUGUUGCACAAACAGUGUUGACUCAUAAACCAAACUUCAAAGGGAAAGUCAUAUUUUAUGAUCCUGGUCAACAACACCAACAUCAUCAACAGCAACAACAGCAACACCUUAAUCUUCCACAACAUCAUUUACAACAUCAUCAACCGGGGCUGCCACCAAACCCAUUACUGUUCAAUGGAAUGAUGAAUUUUGGUCAACUGCCACAAUUUGAUCAACGUCAAUUAUUACAAUUUAAUAAUUUUGCAAGACCACAACAUAAUAGAAAUCAUAAUGGGAAAUUUCAACAAAGACCACCAUUUUCUAUGAAUGUACCUAUAAAUCCAUUAACUUUACCAUUAGCAAGCUCAACUGGUGGCGUUGGUGGUAGUCCACAAAUUACACAAGAAAUUUUCAUACCUAAUGAAUAUGUUGGUAAUGUUAUUGGUAAAAGUGGUAAAAAUAUAAAACUGAUUAAAGAUACUUCAGGUUCUAAAAUUCAAAUUGCUGAUCCAAAUCCAGAAUCUAAAGAACGUAAAAUAACGUUAGUUGGUACAAGUGCUGGUAAUCAAACUGCUAUUUUCCUGAUAAAUAAUAGAAUUGAAAGUGAUAAAAGAAGUAAUGAGGCAAAAGCAAAAUCCGCAGCUCCUCAAAAUCAUGAAUCUGAUUCUAUUAAAAAGGAAAUACCUGAAAGUACUUGA